UCUUCUUUUAGACUACCAACUUCCAUCUUCCAUUAAACCAAAAUCUCAACAAGAAAUUAUUCCCUUUCUCUUUCCAAAUCCAAAAAAUUAUAUUGAAAUUCUACUUUUUCUUUUCUUACCAAAUUAAAUUAUUCCAAAAAAAAAAAAAAAUGGGUUUAAGAGAUAUUGGAGCAAGUUUGCCACCAGGAUUUAGAUUCUUUCCUAGUGAUGAAGAAUUAAUUUGUGAUUAUCUUUACAAGAAAAUUGCUAAUCAAGAGGUUAUUAAAGGUACUUUAGUAGAAGUUGAUCUUCAUAUUUGUGAGCCAUGGCAACUUCCUGAGGUGGCAAAGCUAAACUCCAGUGAAUGGUACUUCUUCAGUUUUCGAGAUCGCAAAUAUGCUACUGGUUUUCGAACAAAUAGGGCAACAAUUUCUGGCUAUUGGAAAGCUACAGGCAAGGAUCGAACUGUGCUUGAUCCUCGAACGGGUGGUCUCAUUGGCAUGAGAAAAACUUUGGUGUUUUACAAGAAUAGAGCUCCAAAUGGGAUUAAAACUAGCUGGAUUAUGCAUGAAUUUCGUCUCGAGAAUCCUCAUAUACCUCCUAAGGAAGAUUGGGUAUUAUGUAGAGUAUUUCACAAAGGUACUAAAGAUGAUCAAAACAACACUAGUAACAAUCUUAGCCCAGAAAACAUGUACGAGGCUAGUGUUACUUCUCCAGAAUUUGUUGUAUCUCCUCUCAACAAUAUGAACAACCAUGUAUCCACCAUGCCUAAGUUAUUGCACUACGGCGGUGACGACGGCUACCACACGUCGACCGCUAAUUUCUCGAGUAACUCUGUCCAUCAAAACCAGAACUCUAGCAAUCUUCAGUUGUCGCAGGAAAUAAAUAAAGUUUUGGCUAAUGAAAUGGUUCACUCAAAAUGUGGAAAGGAAGAUGAGUUUGGGUUCUUGUAUGAUAUGAAUUUUGAAGAAUAUUCAAGUUUACAAGAUGGAGGAGUUCAUAAUUCAUGCAUUGGGGAUAUGAGAUUUGAGGAUGAAAAUAGCUUGGUUUUUAUUUAAAAUUAUUAAUCAUAAUUAUUUGUUGGAUUGAUGUUUGUAGAAAAAGAAGAAGGAAAUAUUAAAUAUUAAUUAUUUGUAGAAAAUGUACAAACUUUAGUGUUUGCUUUUGUGUAUAAGAUAUGAUUGAUUGGAUGGUC